GCCCACAAGUUCCACAUUAAUCAGAUAGCAGAAAUGGCAGUUUCUUCACUAUCCUUUACAUUACCUAAGCUUCAAACCUUCACUCCAAAACCCACCAUUGCAGCAACUUUUAAGGCUUCUUCUUCACAUGAAUCAACUCCUUUUAUCAACCAGAAGCAAAUUUUCCAAAUGGGUGUUGGAAUUUUGGCUGCUUCAAUAGUGGCUUCAGCACCUUUAAAUGCUGAUGCUACCAGAAUUGAAUACUAUGCCACUACUGCUGAACCCACUUGUGAGUUCAAUUUUGUCCGCUCUGGACUUGGGUAUUGUGACAUUGCUGUUGGGUCUGGUGAAGAGGCUCCAUAUAAUAAGCUCGUUAAUAUUCACUAUACUGCAAGGUUUGCGGAUGGUAUAGUUUUUGACAGCAGCUAUAAACGUGGUCGAGCCCUUACCAUGCGCCUCGGCAUGGGCAAGGUGAUCAAGGGAUUAGAUCAGGGAAUCUUGGGAGGUGAAGGGGUACCACCAAUGCUAGUUGGUGGCAAACGUAAGCUUCAGAUUCCUCCACAUUUGGCGUAUGGACCAGAACCAGCAGGCUGCUUUUCAGGAGACUGCAAUAUUCCUGGAAAUGCAACACUUGUAUAUGACAUCAAAUUCGUUGAAUUAUACUCUGGAAACAGGAAAAUGUGAUAUGAUGAGAAAUCUGAAGCUCAAGCACAACUAGAUCCACCCAGAAUUAGUUUGAAUGAAGAUACAGAGCAAAAGGUGACAGAAUAUUUUUCUAGAGGGAAUAAAAGUGCCAACUUUCUGGUAUCAUUUUUGAGCUGGCAAUCUAAGUUCCUAACAUUGUGUAUAAUUGACUGUUGUACUUGAUUAAAGUAUAUGCAAACUAGAGUUUUAUGUUCAAAAUACUUGAAAAUCUUGUAUAAUUAUUUUAUGUAUAUUUUGUGAC